GAUUCCAAUCGGGUAACGGCGCAAAUUAGGUUGAAACAGUUGCUAACAUUAUUGUAAAUCUGCCAAUCCACUAAAGGCCAGCAUUUGAUGACAAGGCUGCACGGCGAUACCCCUUCAUAUGGGUUUUUGUAGUUUGAUCAUCAGCCCAUGACAGAGGCCCCUGGUUCAGAGCGUGUUAAAUCCAGCACAGAGUAUGGUUCCCUGGUUUUGGUGGAGGUUCGGAAUCAUGGGGUGGAAGUGUGAGGUGCCGAGGCGAACGUGAUGACGGCAUGGUCCAUGGUGGUGAAGCUCAAAAUGGAAAAACACCCAUGCAGGGAAGACAACAUUGACUCAAGUGAGACCCAGCCUGCCACAGACGAGUCAGAGGAUGGGAGCAGCUCAGAGAGUGAAUCUGAGGGGCAGCAGUGUCCCCGGGUUCAGGUGAACAACAGCAGCUGCAAAAAGAGGGACCCGCUCGCAGUCACCAAGCCUCAUCGCCAACUCUGCCGCUCACCAUGCCUUGACCGACCCAGUUUUUCUCAGAGUAGUACAGUACAAGAUGUCCGUGAGGAUGACACAAACAACACUGUACCAGGAUUUAAAUCUGUUGGUGAAAAGGAGUAUCAAGCCAAGAAGGAGUUUGCUUUGAAACUAGGUUAUUCGAGUGAACAAGUGGAGGCUGUGCUCAACAAGUUGAGUGCUGCUGCUCUGAUUAACGAUAUUUUAGCAGAAUUAGUAAGGCUUGGGAACAAGGUGGAUCCUGAAGUUCAGACUUGCACUAAUCCAUCUACUCUGGUAUCACGCUCUCCAUGUGUCAAAGAGAAUGCCAGUCCAGAGGUGUCCUUGGAAGAAGAAUCAGUAGACACCUAUGACAACCUUAGGCCCAUUGUGAUUGAUGGCUCAAAUGUUGCAAUGAGCCAUGGAAACAAGGAAGUAUUCUCCUGCCGUGGGAUCCAACUUGCUGUUGAAUGGUUUAGAGAAAAAGGCCACAAAGACAUUACUGUUUUUGUCCCAGCCUGGAGAAAGGAGCAGUCAAGGCCAGACGCCCUCAUUACAGACCAAGAAAUAUUACGACGACUGGAGAAAGAAAAGAUACUGGUUUUUACCCCAUCCCGUAGGGUUCAAGGCAGGAGAGUGGUGUGCUAUGAUGAUCGCUUCAUAGUGAAGCUGGCUUAUGAUUCUGAUGGAAUUAUUGUGUCAAAUGACAACUACCGGGACUUGCAAAAUGAAAAACCUGAAUGGAAGAAGUUUAUUGAGGAGCGUCUCCUUAUGUACUCAUUUGUCAAUGACAAAUUUAUGCCACCUGACGAUCCUUUGGGAAGACAUGGUCCAAGCUUAGAAAAUUUUCUUCGGAAACGACCUGUUGUUCCAGAGCACAAAAAACAGCCCUGUCCUUAUGGUAAAAAGUGCACAUACGGACACAAGUGCAAAUACUAUCAUCCUGAGCGAGUGAACCAGCCUGUCCGCUCAGUGGCUGAUGAGCUUCGGGCCUUUGCUAAACUGUCGGCGGUGAAGACAAUGAGUGAAGGGGCUUUGGUCAAAUGUGGUGCAGCAGCUCAGAAGGGUGAGGGCAGCUCUGAGGCCAAACGCGUGGCGCCUAAACGCCAAUCAGACCCCAGCAUUCGCUCUGUGGCUUGUGAGCCUCCAGAGGCACUAUCUGUGGCUAGGAAGUCGGAGACUAAUUCGGUGCCUUCUCUUGUGACUGCUCUCAGUGUGCCCACAAUGCAACCAGCAAAGAGCCAUGCAGCUGGGGCUUUGAACACCCGCUCUGCCAGCAGCCCAGUGCCUGGCUCCUUGCACUUUGGCCGCAGCUCUUUGGAGCACACAUCCAGUGUACAGUAUCCACCUAUACUGGUGACCAACAGUCAUGGAGCGUCUAUGACUUACUCGGACCAGUUCCCAAAGUUUGACUCAGUGGUCAGUGACCACGGGUAUUAUUCACUGCACAGUGACUUCUCAAACAUGAGCAUGAGCAGCAUGCAUAAUGUCGACAGUUUCUGUAGCAUGGAGCAUGAUCAUGGCGUCUAUCAGAGAAACAUCAGCCACUGCCCUGAAUCCUGCCUCAGCCAUUCCAACAGCGAUUCUUUCUCGUCCUACGGAGACAUGUACCAGAGCUCAGUGGACAGCAGUCUGGACGACAGUAUGAAGGGGGCGCCACAAUCAUCAGCACAGAGCAGAAUGCAGGCAUUUGCACACGGCUUUCGUCACGAGGCUCUGACCAGGGUUCAGAGUUAUGGACCAGAGGAUCCCAAGCAGGGUCCAUGUAAGCCGCAAGCGGCUCAUCUGGCCCCCCAUAUCCAACAUGCUGCAGUGGGAGCCAGGUCCAGCUGUCCUGGAGACUACCCUCUAACUCAGACGUCACUCCCCCCUCUCUCCUCACAACCCACGCGCUCCCUCGGUAUGACCCGCAUGGACAGUAUUUCAGAUUCCAGGUUGUACGACAGCAAUCCUCUGAGACAAAGGCGGCCACCGCUGUGUCGUGAGCAGCAUGCGAGCUGGGACCCUCUGCCUUGUGGGAAUGAGUCCUUUGGGUAUCACUCAUACCCGCUGAGUAAUAGCUUGAUGCCAUGUUGUGAGAGGGUGAUGGUCCGCAGUAUGCCUGACAAAAUGGAGCAGAUAUGGAACUCUCCCUGGGAAACUGCCUCUGUGGCGGAGCACCAGGAGCGGUACGUCAUCCCGGACCACCAGUACCAAACAUAUCGAAACCUUUGUAACAUCUUUCCUGCUUAUAUUGUUCACUCCGUCAUGGAAAAGAACCCACAUCUAACAGACCCACAACAACUCGCUGCAGUCAUUGUCACAAAGUUGAGGUCGUGCAACUAAUGUCACUAAAUUAUAUAUGAACAAUUAUUUUAAAAGCGUCAAACUUAGGCACUUAUUUGUUGUUGCUGCAUGUGCAACAAUUGCCCUCAGGAGUUACGAUUCAUCACCAUAAAUCUUCAAUAAGAGGAAUUAGAUUUACAUCACUGAGUGAAUUGUGACAUUACAGUGGUAUAAUGUCUCACAGUAGAUAUGUACAUUUUAUAUGAAGGAUAAUGCACUUGUUGUAAAUGAAUACGUUUGAGUAAACUGCAUAAAAUCAGUCACAAGAACUGAACCAGAGCCUUACAGAAGUUAAUGUAGUUCUAAAAAUCCAAAAGUUGGCUCAAAGUAUUCUUAGAAAAUGCAUUGUGCCCAAUCCUUUACAUGACUAUAAUGACAACAUUAACAAUGUUAAUUGUUAAAUUGUUGCUUUGAAGUAUUUGCCUUACUGUUUUUUCCACUGUCUUUUCUGAAUCACUUCUUCUGUAAAACUCUAGUUCAUAUCCUGUGACUGUGUUAUAAACAGGAUUUGAAGAUUUUUUUUUUUUACUUAAUAAUUGGUUUAGAUCUGCCUCUGCUGUAAAUAAGAUAAGGGAGGUGAGUGUGUACCUCACAGCAUGAGCACGACAUUAAUGGCCUUAUAUCUGAAUGACCUCACACAGUCGUGUCAUCAGUUUCAGUGAAAAUCUGUGUAGCUGAAGCUCCACACUUUCAAAUGUAAAGCACUAUAUCAUUAUCUAAAGAUAUAUUUUCUCAACAUCGUUUAACAAAACUAUUUUAGUAAAGCGUGCACAAAACAAGCCAAAAACAGAGAUUUGACUUGUGAAGUGUACGAGUGCAUAUAUUUAUGUACAUAUAAUCACACAAAAGCCAUUGUUUCAGUGUCAUUUUAAAGCUGCUAAAUAAUGCCAAAAAAUUAUUUUUAUCAGUAUUUCACAUGGCAACAUUUUAGUUCACUGAAUUGAUUAUGUGGAUAAUUGAGGUGUUAAAAUUAGUACAUGUAGUACAGUAAUUGUAUUUUAAAUUUUUUACUAAGGAGUAUUUAUUUGUUGUGCUAACUAUUUAAUUGUAAAAUAUUCAAAGCAAUUUUACUAGUGCUGUUGGAGCCACUGAUGUGGUUGGCUGAGCAUUUUUAGAAUAUGGUUAACUUAUGGGACAGCUUUUGUGUAGUCUGGCAUCAGUGCUAUAUUUAACAGACUUGUUCUGUUAAAUAGAUGGAUGAUUGCAUGAUUAGAUGUAGGCAUUUCUGGUUAGGUAAGAGAUUCAAGUUGGUGAUGACCGCUCUGUUUGGCUUUACAGUCCAUUAUUAUAUGACAUCACGUCUACAUGCAACACCACGGGCUUAGUUUUUAGCAUUGGACCUUGAUUUAUAGUCCCAGAUGUGCAUGUGUGAGGAAGCAUUAGUGAAACUUAUCUGUGUGGGAUGAUCUUAGAAAUCAUCAACACUUUGCACAACAAUCCUGCAUUGGACUGAAUGCUUUAUUUAGCAGGCUGUGGAGCGUUUAUGAGUGACUUUAGUGGGUGAAUGGUUUCUGACCUUUAUGUCAGUGAUAUUUAGUGUAUGGCAAAAGCAUGUUUCAGAUUACGGAUAGCCUUUUCCAGAGGCUUGUUUGCUCAAAUAGAAGAAAAUGCAGUGUUUGUAGAUUUUUAGGAGUUUGGGCUGUGCCUUGCAGCGAAUUGCUCUCAGGAUGAUUUGUUUUGUAAUUUACUAUAUUUACUUGCAAAUCCCACAGAAAAAAACUCAUCAAACGUAUAGUAAUUUAAAUACCAUAAUAUGUACAGUUGAGAUGUAGAAAUGCCUAAAGUUAAGUGUUUGCUCUGUACAUUAUUCAUUUCAGUCUGGGCAUCUUGGCCAAAUAUGACCAAUGUCAUGGCUUUACAUCACAGGCUGCACUGAACACUGGGGCUGCGUGUGGCCUAUCAACAAAUGGAGGAAUUUGAGAUUCGAGCAGAUUUAAUGCUCUUUUCUAAAGAUGUGAGAUUUCAAACAAUGUAUAUCAUUGCAGUUGCUUUGGGGAUACAUAGGGGCAUUUAUAGGCUCAUGUUAGCACAUUUCUGAUGACUGAAUUUGAAAAUCAUCUUUGGAAUAAUAAUAAAAAAGACAUUCAUAUUUGUCAAUAUUGCCCAACCCUAUGCUGUCCCUUCACAACCAGCUGUACAAAAUUACACAUUGAGUACAAAAUAUAGCAGAAUGUCAUGUGAAGUUAACUUGAAAUUGAAAAAGUGAAACCUUUUCAUAUUCUACUUUUUAUGAUAAUUUACACUGUAAAACACAAAGCUUGUUUAGUACUAAAUAGGCUCUUGUUGAUAUUUUUAUGGGAAAUGUUUGUGUGUGGUAUUUCAUUUUGAAUUCUAUCUCAUCAUUAUCUCAUUAGUGAUUCUCAAUUGUAUUUAGGUUCAACCUUAAUGUAUGAGCAUAUAUAUAAUAUACAGACUAUAUAAUGUUUGAAUGUGUUCUGCCCAAAGGUAUUUUGGGCUUUGCUGACUUUGUUUUUUUCAUGAAAAAAGACACGGCUGCUUUUGGCCAAUUGUCUGUUCAUGAGAAGGUGAAACAAACUGCCUAAAUGUUUCGACAUGUGAAACAAUCAGAUUGCAAGGCUGCUGUCAAGGUUGUUUCUGGCAUUUGGUUUAAGGUUUGCGUGCCGUUCUAUUCAGCUCUACCCUGAGAUUGUUGUACAUUGCAAGGAACUGCAAACUAAAACCACUUAAGCACAUUGAUGCUUUGAUUCUUAAAAUUGAAGUAGUCAGAUGCCCCGGGGAAAGCAGAGUGCAUUUAUUAUAUAAAAAAGUGUGAGUUGUAGAAGGCCACAAUAAGGUAACGGACAUCACGAAUAGUGUUACAGCAUUUCUUUGCCAAGGACAUUCUUGACAUUAUGAUACUGUUAUAAGGCAAUGCUAUGCCACUAUAGCACUGUUUUGCCUGGGCAGUGGACUACUUCCACCCUCUAAUCUAUCUGAAGCCUUGCAGUGUCUAUUAUUUGACUUCUUAUCUAUACAGCCACUAAAGUGGUUUGUCGUCCUCAGAUUUCAUGGUAAGUGCCGCAAACAACUAAGCCACAAAUGUCAAGAAUUGACUAUUGCUUGUUGAUACAAAUUGUAUCUAUACCUUGAAUGUAACAAACUAUAAAUGUAAAAUAUGAAUAUAGUUUUAUUUAACUAAAGGGGAAAAAACAAUGCCAUAAUGUUUGUGACACUGUGUGUCACUGGGAGUAGCCCACUGGUAUGUAUUUAUUCUUACUGGGUACAGUAGUUCUUUACAGGGACUUUAUGUGCUGCGAGAGCACUCCUCCCUGAGUACAGCGGUAAGCAUGUCCUCUUUGUACAUAGGACCAUCGGAGUGUACAUAAAACUAUUCUGUACAUAAAACGGUUAGUAUGUUGUUCAAUACUGUGUUGUUAUUUGUGCACCUUUGGUAAAUUGCAAUGUCUGCUUUAUUCUAUUUUAAUGGGAGUUUCAAUAGUUUUAAAAUAUUUUGCAUAAAAAUAUGCCAAAGUUAUUCUUGGGUGACGUAUCAAAUAAGUAAACUAGAGGAAAACAUGGGACUGUCAUCAGAGUCCUGAACUAUACAUUUGCUGCCAGAUGGGGUCGCUGUGCCGAUCUUAAGGCACUGCAGUGAAAUCUUUCUGGUCAAAACUGUCUCUUCUGAUUGUAGAAAAUUAUCACUGAGAUGUUUCACAUGUCAGAUAUGACUGCCCUGUGUCAUCACGUCCUAUUAAAUUGUAAUUUUACUCACUGUAGGUUAUGCAGCCGUAAUGCACCAUAGAUUUGACUUAUACAUAAAAAUACUUGAGGUGUAAAUGAACACAUUUGGUGUAUAAAUUUAAACUCUUAAUUCAGAAUAUUUGCUUUGAGUGAUGCGUGUACUGAUUUCACAGACCUGUUCACAUAAUUGGGUUUUAAACAGUUGUGGUCUGGUCAUUGUCCACCUCUUGAGUCUGUGGUAAUGUUGAUGUGUAGUGUCAAAAUUGUAAAAUCUGGAGGUGCAUUUUGAACACGAUCAUACCAACUCAGGUUAACUCAACAACUGUUAAAAGUUUAAAUAAAGUUGGUUAACAUGUUUAGUA